AUGUCCAUAACACCUUUCACAGUGAAGGUUCUUGAGCAGUGCAAAAUUACUCUCCCUCCCAACGAAACUACAACUACCUCUUUCCUCCCCCUAACCUUCUUUGACAUUCCUUGGCUUUUCUUCUCUCCAAGCCAACCUUUAUUUUUCUAUGAAUUCCCUCAUCCAACCUCUCAUUUCACAGCUACAAUAGUCCCAAAACUAAAGCAAUCUCUCUCACACACACUUCAACACUACUACCAUUUUGUUGGUACAUUUUUUCCCUCUUCUGAUCUCACAAAACCCCCUCUCAUUUGCAUUGAUGACAUGUCAGUCGCGUUGACAAUAGCUGAGUCAAAUGGAGACUUUUUUCACUUAUGUAGCAAUUACCCUCGUGAUCUCAAAGAUUUCCACUUACUUGUGCCCAAAUUGGCAUCAAGCUUUUCACUUGAAGGCAAAGAAGAGUUAAUUCUUGUGCUAGCUAUUCAAAUAACACUAUUCCCAAAUGUUGGUCUUUGCAUUGGCCAUGCUUUUCACCAUGUUGUUGCUGAUGGGAGGACCUUUCACAAUUUCUUCAACACAUGGGCCUCAUAUUGCUGCAGCUUUGGAUCAGCUUCUUCAGCUUUUCCACUAAAGUCACUGCCAUUGUAUGAUCGAAGUGUGAUUAUUGAUGUAAAAGGCCUUGAAGAGGUUUUCUUGAAAGAAUGGAGAAAAAGAAGACUAGUCCACGACAUUGCCAUUGGUAGAGAACCUAACUUAGAAGAUGUCUCAGGUAUGGUUAGAGCCACUUUCUUAAUGAGUGCCACUGAAAUGGAGAAGAUUAAGUGCUUCAUUAUUAAUUUUUGCAAAGAAAAGAAUCAGACUCAGCCAGUUCAUUUAUCUCCUUAUGUGUUGACUUGUGCAUUUGUAUGGGUUUGUUUGCUCAAAAACCAACAAUGCUUGAAUGAGAGAGUGAAGCACGAAGACCUCACAUACUUUGGAUUCAUUGCUGGUGGCAUAACUAGAUUGGACUAUCUAGGGCCAAAGACAUAUUCAGGUAAUUGUGUUGGCUUUGGUAGGGCAUCAGUGAAAAUAAAAGAGUUACUUGGACAAGAUGGGAUUGUUGUUGCGGCUAGAGCAAUUGGAAGCACCAUUAAGAAGCUUGAUUCAUCACUUUUUGAUGGGGCUGAGAAAUGGAUUUUGGACUGGGAGGUAUUUCAUGGGUCAGAGCAACAUCUGCAUGCUAAGUGGUCUCCAAAACUGAAGCUUUAUGAAUUGGAUUUUGGGUGGGGGAGGCCCAAGAAAAUAGAAGAGAUGUCAAUUGGUUAUACAAGAGCUGUUUCACUUAUUCAGAGUAGAGAUGUUGAGUGUGGAAUUGAGAUAGGCUUGGCUUUACCUAAGAGUAAGAUGGACACUUUCUUCAUUUUGUUCACUAAAGGACUUAGUGUUCUUCCAUGUGAUCCUUUGAUAAAUUUUUCAUGAAUUUUGUUUUUUGAU